CAUUUAACAUUGUGUUUGCUAUUAUUUAAUAAAAAAUAUUCCAAUAUCAAAUAUGCAAAAAUGGAGAGGACAAAAGAAAAGACUAAAGAAAUGUCAAAAUGGCGUCCAAAUUUAAAAACCUUUAUCGAAGAGGGAAUAGAUAAAGGUUUAGCUUAUGAAGCAGCUAUUGCAGCAUCAAUUAUAUACAACAAUAUCGGAGUAAAUGAUUUCUUUUUGAAGGAUUGGAAUGUAUUAAAAACUUUAAUUAAUCAAGAUGACUAUGGUAUAUUGACUGCUGUGAAAAUGUUUAUUGAACUAAAAGAUUCUUCCUAUUAUCUAUAUGAUAAAACUAUUAAUAUACAAACUGUCGAAAAGAUUAACUCAGGUAUUGAAAGAAUAUCUACAAAUACAGGAAGAGAUUUGCAUCCAAUAAAGGACGUUGAAGGUAAGCUUUCAACUGAAAAAUUGGGUUCGUUGAUCUUUCAUCAUUGUUGCAAAGAUGUUUACGUUCAUAUCGGAAAAAACUACUAUAUGAAUGCUAAAACUAGUGAUACAGUAGAAAUCAGAGACGAAGUAUUAACACCGGAAUUUAUUAGUUUUCCCCUAACUUGUAAAACUCCUAUUAGAGUUGAAAGUAAAUGGAUUCAAGAUGAACUCAUCUCAAAUGAUAUUAUUAGACAAGAUGAUAUAGAUAUGAUUAAGGACGAAUUUGAACCUCUGCAAUUGAAGGAUUUUGGUGAGAAAGCUGUUGGAGGUAAACUUUGUUCUCUGCUGAAUAGUUUCUAUUCAAAAGAAAAAUUGGAAAAGGAAUGCUCACAGGUCUGUGGAAGUCGUCAGGUUAUUUGGUUUGGUCAGGCUAAGUUUAAAUGUCCGAAAAAUUAUCAUUCAAUUUUAAAAGAGUUUCUUGAAGGAAAACUUAGAGAAAUUGGCAAAAUUUCAUCCUUCGGCCUAACAUUUAUGACAUUAAGUCCAGAUAUUGAUGUUUGUCAGAAACAUGGAUUCGAACCAUUGGAAGCUGUGGUAGAAGGAGAUUUUUACUCUAUUCGUUUAUUAGUAGAUAAAGCAACAGCUUGCUUAUAUAAUCCAACAACUGAAAAAGUGAAAGAAAAGCUUAAUAAAAUAUUCGGAAAUGUCACUUUUAUUCACUCCAACGAAUAUUCUAUUGACGAUAUUCUGGAAAAUGAUCAAGAGGAGCUUGAAUGGGGCUUUGCCCAAUUUGAAUCAAAAUGCUCUCCUAUCAACAAUCAAUCUGAAAUCAUGGGUAUGAGAGUAAUCAAGGAGAAAUACAUAGACCCAAUUAAGUAUUUGUCGGAAAGGAAUCAUAUUUCAAUUAAGGAAAAACUUUACUCCUAUAAAGAUAACAUCUUAUCAAUUAAUAAAGAAUUGUUUUCUUUCAUUAAAACAUUUCUGAAGGAUGCUCUAUUUAAAGUUCAGAAUGAAGAUUUCUUCAACGAAGGAAACUUUUUAGUUAGGGACAAUGCCGAAAUUGAAAUUAUUAUAAAUAAUCCUAAAUUUGUUUCUAUGAGAGAUGUAUUUACAAAACUUAUCCCAUUAAUUAAACCAGAUACCUGCAAGAUAUAUAAUUCACUCUUUCCACUUGAAUCAAUGAAAAUUAAACUAAAUAAUUGGCUAAAGAAGAUGUUCAAUACAUAUACAACUUAUCAUGAUAAUUUAUGGUAUGUUUAUGGAUCAAGAUCAGUAAAGAAAAAAGUAAUCAAGUAUUUAUAUAGAUAUGAAGCUGAAGAAGUCAAACAAUAUCAUAGAAUUAAUUUGGAAUUGUUAGAUACGAAUAAUAGAGAGAAUCUGAGGAAAAUACAAAAAGUAACACAGGAAAUUGACGAUGGAUAUUUUGAAGAAUCUCAUUUAGUGGUGCUAUGUAAUUUAGAUUUAGUAUGUCAAAUUCAAGAUAUAGUACUAUAUUCCGAAAGGACUGUAAUUGGAGAAGGAUUGAAUUGUUUUUCCCAUUUAGUAGACAUUAUCGAUAUUGAAAGUGUAGAUAGUCAUACAGAUCGCCUGGAUUGGAAUGAUGAGUCAAAAUGCGAUGAAUGCGUUGUUUGUUUCCAAGUUCCCAAUCAGAGCACAAGGUUAAUAAAUUGUGGACACUCAUAUUGUACAGGUUGUUUUAAACAGCAAUUAAAUGUUAAUAUUACUCAAAGCUUAAAGUUGCCCAUAACCUGUGCCGGUUGCGAUGAAUCAAUAAAUAAUUUGGAAAUUGUCUAUUCAGAAAAGAAACAGCAAUUUAGAGUUCAGGGAGAAAUUUACAAAAUACUAGUUCAAAAAUUCAAAGAAUUUACCUUUUGCCCAGGCCUCAAAUGUUCAAAUGGUUUAGUUUAUUCAAAAGGUAAAACUCCCAUGCAAUGCAUUUCCUGUAAAUGUGAGGUAUGCUCAAACUGUAAAGAGUUACAUCUGGAAGGUGAAGAUUGCUUUUCACAAAGGCAAAUGUUUCAAAGAGAAUAUAAACUAUGGUGUCUAGGAGAUAUAGUAAAUAGGAAAAUAUGCCCGAGUUGUUCCUAUGGAAUUGAAAAAGAAGGAGGAUGUAAUCUUGUUUGGUGUAGAUCAUGUUCAAAAUCAAUUUGCUGGUACUGCCUAGAUUUUUUUGAAAAUAAACAUUUGUGCUACAGUCAUCUUUCUACCAUGCAUGGGGGCUAUGCCUAAUUAUUUAAAUAAUAUUAUAUUUUACUUGAAUUUGCCAUUAUAGUAUUAAAAUAUAUCAGAUAAAUGUUUGUAUAUGCUAUUUUAUUUAUUAAAAAUAAAUUUUCUUUUAUUUAUCAAACGAAAAAGACACUUUUAAA